AGUGUAUUCAUCAGAGUUUGGAGGAUAAUAAUAGAUGUCCCAAGUGUAACUAUGUUGUGGAUAAUAUUGACCAUCUGUAUCCUAAUUUCUUGGUGAAUGAGCUCAUUCUCAAACAGAAGCAAAGAUUUGAGGAAAAGAGGUUCAAAUUGGACCACUCAGUGAGUAGCACCAAUGGCCACAGGUGGCAAAUAUUUCAGGAUUUGUUGGGAACUGAUCAAGAUAACCUUGAUUUGGCCAAUGUCAACCUCAUGUUGGAAUUACUAGUGCAGAAGAAGAAACAACUGGAAGCAGAAUCACAUGCAGCCCAACUACAGAUCCUUAUGGAAUUCCUCAAGGUUGCAAGAAGAAAUAAGAGAGAGCAACUGGAACAGAUCCAGAAGGAGCUGAGUGUUUUGGAAGAGGAUAUUAAAAGAGUGGAAGAAAUGAGCGGCUUGUACUCUCCUGUCAGUGAGGAUAGCACAGUACCUCAAUUUGAAGCUCCUUCUCCAUCACACAGUAGUAUUAUUGAUUCCACAGAAUACAGCCAGCCUCCUGGUUUCAGUGGCAGUUCUCAGACAAAGAAACAGCCUUGGUAUAACAGCACAUUAGCAUCAAGAAGAAAACGACUCACUGCUCAUUUUGAAGACUUAGAGCAAUGUUACUUUUCUACAAGGAUGUCUCGUAUUUCAGAUGAUAGUAGAACUGCAAGCCAGUUGGAUGAAUUUCAGGAAUGCUUGUCUAAGUUUACUCGAUACAAUUCAGUACGACCUUUGGCUACAUUGUCAUAUGCUAGUGAUCUGUAUAAUGGUUCCAGCAUAGUCUCUAGUAUUGAAUUUGACCGGGAUUGUGACUAUUUUGCAAUUGCUGGGGUUACAAAGAAAAUUAAAGUCUAUGAAUAUGGCACAGUCAUUCAGGAUGCGGUGGAUAUUCAUUACCCUGAAAAUGAAAUGACCUGCAAUUCCAAAAUCAGCUGUAUCAGUUGGAGUAGUUACCAUAAGAAUCUGUUAGCCAGCAGUGAUUAUGAAGGCACCGUCAUCCUAUGGGAUGGAUUUACAGGACAGAGGUCAAAGGUCUAUCAGGAGCACGAGAAAAGGUGUUGGAGUGUUGACUUUAAUUUGAUGGAUCCUAAACUCUUGGCUUCUGGUUCUGAUGAUGCAAAAGUGAAGCUAUGGUCUACCAACCUAGACAACUCAGUGGCAAGCAUUGAGGCGAAGGCUAAUGUGUGCUGUGUUAAAUUCAGCCCCUCUUCUCGAUACCAUUUGGCUUUCGGCUGUGCAGAUCACUGUGUCCACUACUAUGAUCUUCGUAACACUAAGCAGCCAAUCAUGGUAUUCAAAGGACACCGAAAAGCAGUAUCUUAUGCAAAGUUUGUGAGUGGUGAGGAAAUUGUUUCUGCCUCAACAGAUAGCCAGCUAAAGCUGUGGAAUGUAGGGAAACCGUACUGUCUACGUUCCUUCAAGGGUCACAUCAAUGAAAAAAACUUUGUAGGCCUUGCUUCCAAUGGUGAUUAUAUAGCUUGUGGAAGUGAGAACAACUCUCUUUAUUUGUACUAUAAAGGACUUUCUAAGACUUUGCUAACUUUUAAGUUUGAUACGGUCAAAAGUGUUCUGGAUAAAGACCGAAAAGAAGAUGAUACAAAUGAAUUUGUUAGUGCUGUGUGCUGGAGGGCACUGCCAGAUGGGGAGUCCAAUGUGCUGAUUGCUGCUAACAGUCAGGGUACAAUUAAGGUGCUGGAGUUGGUAUGAAGGGUUUACUCAAGUUAAAUUGUGUUUGAUCCUGCUGAAAUACAUCUGCAGCUGACAAUGAGAGAAGACAGAAACUGUCAUGUAAUGUCUCUCCCCAAAGUCAUCAUGGGUUUUGGAUUUGUUUUGAGUAUUUUUUUCUUUUCCUUUUCUUUUCUCUUUCAUGACCUUUGGGACAUUGGGACUACCCAGUGAACUCUCCACCAUCAAUGUAACUCUAUGGACUUUGCUGCUGUUGGUGGUGUGGUUAUCUAAUUUUUGUGAUAGGGAAAGAAAUUCUUUUGAAUAAAAAUAAAUAACAAAAAAAUAAUAAAAGUUUAUUGAGCCACA